AUGAGUUUCAUGAAAUCGGACAAGAACACUGUAAUUUUCAAAGCACAGACAGUUGUUGGUGACGCAACGUCGCCUCAACUUAUCGCCAUGCUAACGGGUAAAAGAAUUACUGACCUGCCUGAAGCGAGAAGAAAUAUAAAAGGAGCAGGCUAUAUUGACGAUUGGCCUUUCAUAUUUAAAGAUCUUCACCAAAACGGAUAUAUCACUCAGUUUGCAGAGGACGACCCCUCAAUAGGGGCAUUCAACUUACGGUUUUGGGGCUUUUUACAGUCCCCUACGGUUCAUUACGGCAGACCAUAUUGGAUUGAUGCGAUGCCACACUGCAUUGGCUACCUUGACACGCAAUUUUGCAUAGGAGAUCGCUCUCUUCAUCGAAUUAAUAUGGACUACAUGAUGAGCUUGUACAAGACACACCCAGGGAAAAGAAAAUUCACCUUGAUCAUGACUUCAAAACUCGUCCACGAUAAUUUCUUUUCGGUUCAACGAGCAGAUGGGGAUGUAGUUCAACUUCUGUCACAAACAAAAGGACGAGGUCUCCUAAACGAUACGAUCCUAGUAGUUCUAGGGGACCACGGUGCCCGUUAUGGACCUUUGCGUGAAACGAUUCAAGGCAAAAUCGAAGAACGGUUGCCAUUUCUUAGUAUUACUCUCCCGGAAAGGAUAGCAAAAGAGUACCCUGACCUGCUGGUAAACAUGAAACGCAAUAGCCAUUUGCUUACGUCACACUUUGAUAUAUACGCCACUCUUAAGCACAUCCUGAGCUACCCUUCCUUACCAACCGACAUCAAAUUUGGAAACAGUUUAUUCACGCAUUUGAACGCUUCUCGGUCAUGUGAAGAAAUUGGCGUCCCUGAAUUAUGGUGUCCUUGUCUAACAUUUGAAGAGGUGAGUGUAUCCGACCCUAUCGCAACCAAAGUAGCAACCAAAGCUGUUGACUAUAUGAACGAUCUCAUUGGCCAAGACGAAAAUCUAGUAAAAAUGUGCGCACGGCUUGAGUUGGACCGGAUAACACACAUAGGCAAAAAGAUACCAAACAAACGCAUUCAAAGAUACUAUUAUUCUGAUUCGGACGAAAAAUGCGCAACUUGCAAAAUAGUUGAAUGGCACAAGGAUGUUUUCAAGGACAUACUUUAUGAAGUUUCAUUCAUAACGAAGCCAGGUGGUGGUAAGUUUGAGGCGAUUGUCCUUGAUUUUGGAGAUGGGACCAUGAAAGUCAAAAGUGACAUUAGUAGGAUUAACAAAUAUGGCACACAGGCAAGAUGUGUCGAGAAAACCUAUCCUCAUGUUCGAAAGUAUUGCUUUUGUAAAUGA